UUCAGAUGAAGAACAACAAAUAAAUAAAGAACAAGCAAUAAUAGUAAAGCAAAAGGAAAGUAAUCCAAAUAAUAACACAGAAUUCAAAAAUUCAGAACAGCCAAAGGAAAUUACUUUUAAUCAAAUGGAAGGACAAGAAGUUGAACAAGACGUUAUUCAACGAGAGAUUUAUCAACAGAGAGAUUUGACAGAUAAACAACUUCCAAAUGAACAAAUUCUGGAUAAACAACUAGAAAAAAGUCAUAAUCAACCGCAUUUAAAACAAAAUGAAAUUCCUUCUGUGAAUCGUUUAGAGGAAGAACAGCCAACAGAAGAAAGUUUAGAAAAACAAGAAUUAAUUUACCAAAAGGAAGGGAAUAUCCAGCAAGAUUAUAGUAAACCAAAAGAGCCAAAUGAAGAAGAUAAUAAAAUUAAUAAACAAAAGGAAAAUUCGAUUGAUGAAAAACAAAAUGAGACAACUCAAAAUAAAGAAAAUCCAGAAAAGAAUUAUGAGGCUAAUUUAAAAGAGAAUAAUCAACAAGAGAAUUUAAUUGGUGGAAAUAAUGAGGAAAAUAUUACAAAACAAUUAGACAAGAAAUCUCUACAAAAAGAUAAAAUUCCCUCAGAUAAAAAUCUUGAAAAAGAAAAGGAGGAAUUGGUUGAUAAGGAUAUUCAAAAUCAAAGAAAAGAAAAACAUUUAAUUGUUGAAGAGAAUACUAAUAAAGUUGGCCCUGAAACAAUUCAGCAUUCGGCUACUGAUAAUCAACAAAAACAAGUUUCUUUAACAGAAAAAGAGUUUUUAGCUGCAGAAAAAGAAAAAAUGAAAGAGAAAAAUAAGCAAAAAGUAGAUGAUGUAAAUACUUUUAAAGAAUUGGAAAAACAAAAAGAAAAACAAUCAACUCCUAAAUUAACUGAAGAACAAUUAAAAGAACUUCACACAUUAAUAGAAAAAUAUCCAUUUUUGCGUAAUAAAACGCUAAAUGAAAUACGAGGUUAUGUAAAAAUUAAACUUGAAGAAGAUAAUGAUUAUCAAAAUAUAAGUACAAAUAAAAAAGAAAUUGGAAGUGGUAGUAAACAAAAAGGUUAGAAGAAAGAGACUUUUGAAUAA